UCAGGUGCUCCUUAUUGGACCCAUUUAGAAAGGAUGGAGAAGAAGCUGCUAGCUGUGCCCACAGCAAGUACUGUUCGCUUCCAUUGCCAUGCAGCAGGCAACCCCAACCCAUCCAUAUACUGGCUGAAAAAUGGCAAAAAAUUCAAGGCAGAACAUCAAAUUCGGAGCAUCAGAUUACAGCGUCAGCGGUGGAGCCUAGUGAUGGAGAGCGUGGUUCCGUCAGACCGAGGGAACUACACGUGCAUUGUAGAGAACAAAUAUGGCAGCAUUAGGCACACUUACCAGCUACGUGUACUAAAAAGGUCCCGCCACCGGCCUAUUCUCCAGGCUGGACUGCCUGCCAACCAGACUGUGGUGGUAGGGAGUGAUGUCGAAUUCCACUGCAAGGUGUACAGUGAUGCCCAGCCUCACAUCCAGUGGCUGAAACACGUGGAAGUCAACGGCAGUAAAUAUGGAUCCAACGGGACGUAUGUCACGGUGCUAAAGACGUCAAGUGUUAACACAGCGGAUAAGGAGCUGGAAAUUCUGUAUUUGCGAAAUGUUACUUUUGAGGAUGCAGGGGAAUAUAUUUGUCACGCUGAGAAUUCUAUGGGGUUUUCACAUCAUUCUGCUUGGCUGACGGUUCUACCAGAGCUAGUGGAGGCGGAUGAUUCUGGCUCCGUUUUUGCUGUCAUCCUCAGCUGUGGCAUUGGCGUCGGCUUCAUUUUCUUCUUCUUGGUGGUGGUUAUCAUAAUUGUCUGUACGGUGAAAAUGACCAACAAAAAAGCCAUGAACACCCCUACUGUACAGGCAGUUGGCAAUAACAUUUUAUUUGCUCUAUUGAAGCCGGUGUCAUUGGAGUCAAACCCUUCCAUGAAUUCCGGUACUUCGCUGGUCAAUCUCACCUGUGUCUCAUCCAGUGAUGGGCUGAAGCUAGCAAAUGUUUCAGAGCUCGAGCUGCCUGCUGAUCCCAAGUGGGAAUUAAUGAGAUCUCGCCUGACUCUGGGGAAACCUCUGGGUGAAGGUUGUUUUGGUCAAGUGGUGAUGGCAGAAGCGACUGGGAUCGAUAAGGACAAACCAGACAAGGCCAUCACUGUAGCUGUCAAGAUGUUAAAAGAUGAUGCUACUGACGAGGAUCUUUCUGUCCUGGUGUCCGAAAUGGAAAUGUUGAAAGUGAUUGGGAACCACAAAAAUAUCAUUAACCUCCUAGGCGCCUGCACGCAGGAUGGCCCACUUUACAUUCUGGUAGAAUAUGCGUCAAAAGGGAACUUGCAGGAAUAUCUCCGGGAUCGUCGGCCGCCCGACAUAUUUUCACUCUACACCUGCAAGCUGCCGGAAGAGCAGUUAACAUUUAAAGAUUUAGUCUCGUGCGCCUACCAGGUGUCCUGUGGCAUGAAGUAUUUGGCAUCUCAGAAAUGCAUUCACCAAGACUUGGCAGCCAGGAACGUGUUAGUCACUGAAGACAAUGUGAUGAAAAUAACCAAUUUCGGCCUAGCCAGAGAUGUUGGCAACAUCAGCUGUUACAAGGAAACAACCAGUGGUCGGCUGCCUGUGAAAUGGAUAGCUCUGGAAGUAUUGUUUGACGGGGUCUACACUCACCAGAGCGAUGUCUGGUCUUUUGGAGUGCUGCUAUGGGAGAUCUUUACUUUCGGGGGGUCUCCAUAUCAGGGAAUUCCAAGCAAGGAACUCUUCAAAUUCUUAAACGAAGGCAAUCGGCUGGACAGGCCAGCAAACUGCACUUAUAAUCUGUACAUUAUCAUGAAGGAGUGCUGGCAUGUAGUCCCAUCGGAACGGCCAACCUUUACGGAGCUAGUGGAAGACCUGGCUAGGGUCCUUACUGUAACAACAACUGAUGAAUACCUUGACCUCUUCGUGCCAUUUGAGCAGUAUUCCCCUGCCCGCCAGGACACAAACACAGCACCCACUCUUCCUGUAAUGAAGCCUCUUCUGUGA